CAACAGGCAGGUAAAUAGAGUUCUGCGCAGUUGACAACCAAGACGUUGAUUUCACAAAUUUCUCUACAAAAAUAGUAAAAUACACACAUAUAUAAGGAUAAUCAAUACCUUAAACGAUCAUGCCUGGCAGUGCAAUCAGUUAUGCUUCUGGUCACAGUGCAGGCUCCUCACAGUCUCGCCGUGCAAAAACACGCCAAUAUAGAACAGUAAGCUACACAUCACAGAUUGAUGAAAGCUUAUUUGGAGGAGCUAAACCAACAGAACAAAGGAAUGAUCCUUUAAGAGACAAAAAUGAGGUUAUAAUUGAAAGACAAGCAGCACAAAGAAAGAAAAAUCGCAAGAGCAAGAACAACAAAGAAACUGUUCAAGUUAUUACCAAAGAUCUAAUUAGAAAUUUAAUUGUUCCAAAAGAGGAUCCUUCAGGCCAGACACUCAUUUUGAGUACAGGAGACUUCUAUAGAAUAAAAAGUGCAUCUAGAGUUUUAUCCAAAGAAGAGUUACUUGAAAGGGAAGAAAGAAGGAAACAAGAGAAAGCUCAAGCUCAGGAGGAUGCUCUUGAGAGGAAAAAUAAGAUGAAGACAAUGGAUCUUCAACGACGUAAGAAUGAAAAACUGAAUGAUCUUGAGGAAGAGGCUAGUAAGAAAGCCCAACAUCUCCUUGAGCAUGCCAAUGAGAUGAGAUCAGAACAAGAGGAUGAAAUCAAACAUCUCAAUGAGCUUAUCCUGAAUGCAAAAUGCCAUGCAAUCCGUGAUGCCCAGAUCCUAGAGAAGGGACAGAUCAAAGGAGAGAUGAUCACUGAGGAGCAGAGGCUGGAUGCCAUGAUGGAAAUUGAGCGUCAAGAUGCAAUUGUUGUCCAAGAGGAAAUUGAAAAGAAGAGAAAGGAGGAGCAACUCAUCGGGGCUUGUAAAAUACUGGAACAAAUUGCUGAGAAUGAGCAAGAGAGAUUGUUUGAACUGGAGCGAAAAGAUCAGGAAAAUAUCCAGAUGCAGAAAUAUCUGGAAAGGCUAAUGGAGGAAGACCGUCAAAAACUUGACAAGAAAGCAGCUGAACAAACUGAACUGAGGGAGCAGCUAAAUGCUGCAAAUGAUGACAUCCUUAGACGAAGAGAAGUCAAGAAAGAACAAGAAAAAAUGGUUGAACAAAAGGUGUUGGAAUACCAGAGACAAAAAGCAGAACGAGAGGCUGCAUUUGAGCGUGAACAGGAAAGAGUUAGGAUAGAAAAAGAACGAGAAGUUGCACGAUUACGGUCGCUCCAAGAACGUGCUCGAGAUGAGCAAGCAGAACGUGAUGCACUACGUGCCAAGAGAGCUCAAGAACAAGCUGAGCGUGAAUGGCGUAAGAAAGAAGCUGAGGAGGCUCAAGUUAAGGCUGAGACAGAGGCCAUGUUGAAAGUGGCUAGAUCUAACCAGAUGGAACAAAAGGAGCACUUCCUUGCAGUCCAGGCUCAGCGAGAGAGAGCAGAAUUUGAAAGAGUGCUCAAAGCCCAGAAGGAGCUAGUAGAGAAGGAAAAGAGGGAGGAAGAUACUAGAGCUGUUAAACAACAUUACCAUGCUGAAGAUGUUCGCACACAAAUUCGAGAGAAAGAACAACAGAAAAUACAUGAAAGAAAUGCAUUCUUUGAGGAGGGUGUGAAACUGGAUGAAGAAGCCAGAAUGAGGCGGCAAAAAUUAGAUGAAAUUAAAAGGAAGAAAUUGGGAGAAUUAAGAGGUGUAGGAAUUCCAGAAAAAUAUUUAGCACAAGUGGAAAGAAAAACAAACGUCCAAGUAUCCCAGAAGGCAUAGACAUUAAACAUUUGAGAUACACACACGUUUUAUACAUUCUAGCCAAAAUAUUCUUCAAACAACACAAGUCAGCACAAGUCAGUGAACAGGGUGUGUCAUAAGGGUUGUAGACUUAUAGCUCAAAAUGAAUUAAAGACCAGUUGCCAAUAUUUUCCUAUAUAGGACUCCAGACCAGCACUUAUGUCACACCCUGUUGUGAACCAUCUGGAUUAAGUUGAUAUUGAAUAUAUUAUUUUAUGUAUUUCUUAUUUUAUAUUGAAUAUUGUUCACUGUGUUAUUUAUCUCAUAGUUUCUUUAUAUUAAAACUCAAAUUAUGGUAGUGUUGCAACAUGUCUCCAUAA